AGGCAACCAGAAGCAAGGCGCGAUGCGCAGACCUGCGGUAUGUGUGGUGCGACCAGCGUAUAAAUGGUGGGUUGUUAGGAGCUGUGCCGCACAUCAACUGCUCCCCUGACCAUCCUUCCUCGGCAUCCCAACUUCCGAUCAACGAUCGUUCAUGAUGCAGUCCAUGCUCUCUCCUCUCUCACAGCCCACCCUGAGCGCCCGCGCUGCUGAGAAAGCCCGCGCCGCAGACGUCGGAAUCCGAACUCGAAUAGUGCACGACGCCCCGGAAUACACUCGAGAACCAGCUGCGUUCCAGCCAACGAGCAGCCACCGUCUGUCGCUUCCGCAGCUCGAUCUGCGUCCAAAUGAGAUCCGUGAGGCAUGGAACGCCCAGCAGAUGGCGAGCAUGACACAGCCUGUCAGCAAGCCGCAGGUCCGCGGCCGCCCUUCUCCCGCGGAUCUGCAGCACGGGAACAUGUAUGUGAACUGGGUUCGGAAGGGCAUCAUUGCGCGCAUCCCGCAUAUGCAGGAGAAGGAAGUGCCGUCAGAGCAAGAGGAGGAGUAUCGGCAGACAUUUGACGUGCUCUGGGGUUAUGUGUUCGAGAUGGACCCUCUUCUGCAGGUCUACGCGUGCUGGAUGGCCGAGGAGACUAUCCGCCAGCUGAUCACCAUCACCACGGUGGUGAAGCAGCAGAAAGCAUACUUCUCGUCGCACAGCCCGCGCCGUAUAAUGGACCUGCCGAGCGUGGGCAUGUUCCUUCAUGUGGUGCAAAAGAUACGCGAGGCCAUCGCCGAGAAGCAAAAGGCCCUCGUGCGCCAGCUCGACCCAGCGGCGCUGAAGAGCGGGCACGUCCUCCACCUGCGCAGCCCGAGCGCGGGAACGACCGUCAACUAGACUCUUCUUCGC